GAAAGCUCUGCUUUGCGACUCGUUUUGCAUCGAGAUUUCAACAGAAGAGCCCAUGCGAUCCAACCAGAUCCAAGCGAACAAGGCUCUGGUUGCCAGUUCGUCAGGAAUGCUAGCAGAGGUGAAUGGGAAAGAAAGAGCAAUGAGCAUCAGCUCCAGUCACACGACGGCUUACAUGAAGGCUGCCAUGGCCGGUUGCACGACUGCCGAUGGUAAGAAGUUGAGUGCAGACAAGGAUGGGUUCCGAGAGCUCUGUGCUGAGGGUUGGGAUUGGACCAUGCUGAGUUGGAAGGUGGAACAGAUGCUUCCAGACCUACCUUCUUGGAUGCAAAUGGUGUUGAACUGCAGCAAUGCAGUCGCUGUACAGAUGACUGAGCUUGAAGCAGCCCAACAGAUCGGGUUGCUCGUUUGCCAGGGAAGCUCGCUUCCCAAUGCAGUCAAGACUGUUCAGAGUUCG